GGAUGGUGUAAAAUAAGUAAAUUUUUGUACUGUUCAUUUCUGAAGAUGCCUGCCGCGGUUACCAGACGGGUGAGGCGUGUACGACAAGAUCCUGGCUGGAUUCGCAAAAAUCACCAUGAAUUCAUCAUCACCCACGUGGACCGUCACUUGGCAGAUCUCACCAUCAAGCGGCCUUCCUCUCAGUUUCACCACCACCACCUCGUCACCAUCACCAUCACCCUCCUCCUCCUCACCCUCAUCAUCACCCGCCACGACGAUCCCUCGCCUCCAAUCCCCGACCGCGAGCCUUCCCAGCCAGGGCAUCGUCAUCCCCUCCUUCACGACGGCGUCACAGGUGCGCGUGGCGGUCACCUUCUCCCUGUGCGCCCUCUCGCUGUGCUGCAACGCCGCGGUUCUCUGGAGCGCGUCCAGGGAUCGCCGCCCGCGGCGUUCCCACGUGCGCAUCCUGCUGGUGAACCUGGCCCUGUCGGACCUGCUCACCGCCUGCGUGGUCAUGCCCCUGGACGCCGCGUGGAACAUCACGGUGGGCUGGCGGGGAGGCGACGCGGCCUGCCGCCUGCUCAUGUUCCUCAAGCUGGUGGCCAUGUACUCGUGCGCAUUCGUCACCGUGGUCAUCAGCCUGGACCGGCACGCCGCCGUCACCGACCCGCUGCGGGUGUCGCGCGCAAAGCGGCGGAACAAGACGCUGCUGUGCGCCGCGUGGAGCCUCAGCGCGCUGCUCGCUCUGCCCCAGCUGUUCCUCUUCCACGUGGCGCGAGCUCCGUCGACCGAGAGCUUCACGCAGUGCGUGACGCACGGCAGCUUCCCGCGCCGCUGGCACGAGGUGUGCUACCUCAUGUUCACCUUCUCGUGCCUCUACCUGCUGCCCCUCGUCGUCAUGCUGGCUUCCUACGGGCGCAUCCUGCUGCAGAUCUCGCGCCGCGUCAACAGCGUGGAGCUGAGGGAGAUGCGCGCAUGCAACCACGGCCUACGCACGCUGUCGCGCGCGCGUGCACGCACGCUGUGCAUGACGGCGCUCAUCGUGAGCUCGUUCGUCGUGUGCUGGACGCCGUACUACCUGCUCGGCGUGUGGUACUGCAUCAGGCCCGCCAUGGCCUCCGAAGACCACAUCCCAGAGGCCGUGAGCCAUGGCCUAUUCCUCUUUGGGCUGCUCAACGCGUGCGUCGACCCGGUCGUCUACGGCUUCUUCUCCGUGCCGCUGGGUCCCGGCUCCGCUUGCCGCCGCCGCCGCCGCUGCUGCUGCUUCCGCGCGGCAUCCACGGACAGAGACGCCGCCUCGGCUGCCAUUCACAAGCACCAGGGGCAGCAGCAGCAGAACACUGUGGACUCAGAUCCGACCAGUGGCCACUUAGCGCACCUGGCCUCGUGGAGGUCAUACCUCUCCUUCUCCGUGUCCUCGGCAUUCGUGGAUCUUGUCCGAGGCCACUGGCACGGUCGCCGGCCGCACCGCGACACGCGCGCGCCAGCAAGGGAGCCGUCGCCCACGGCCGUGUAUGUUCUGAGCCAACUGUGCGAACCUCAAGCCACCCAGGGAUAG